GUAUAUAAAAAAAUGUAAUGUACUUACCAAAAUACCCUUGAGAUGCACUAUUCAUGCAAUAACGUGGAGCCGACAAUACCCCUCGGGUUCGUCCAUAAAUAUGAGCCUCCUACGCUGCCUUUCUUCCCUUUUAUCCUCCUUUCCUCCCUUUUCUCCUCCUUUCCUCCCUUUCCCUUAUAUUAUUUAGAAGCUUUUGUUUUUGUUUCCAUUAUUAUUAGUAAUAGUACUAAAGUCAUGUUGUCCACAGUUCCGGCCAUGUUUUCCUCCGGUUCGAAAUUGGAAAACGAUCCGUUUCCGGCUUUUGAAAACGGCUUCACGCCGUGGGAUCAUUGCCCGGAACUUUUCUCUACUUUCCAAACAAUAGAACCCGACGCAAUAUUGGGUUCCGUUUUAGAUGAACCAACCCAAGACCAAAACAACUCUAACUCUGGUUCGGAAGAACCGAACCAACUGGAUUCCUCCGUCGUCGACGAACGGAAGAGGAGACGUAUGAUAUCCAACCGGGAAUCGGCCAGGAGGUCACGGAUGCGUAAACAGAAGCAUUUAGAAAACUUAAGGAACCAGGUGAACCGGCUUCGAGUCGAGAACAGAGAACUGACCAACCGGUUGAGGUCCGUUCUUUACCACUGUCACCGUGUAACGACAGACAACGACCGACUCCGAUCCGAACACAGUAUUCUCCGACGAAAAUUAUCGGACGUACAUCAGAUUUUGAUUUUGAAUCAAUUCCAGCAGUUUUCAUCUGCAUGGCCAUGCAAUAAUGUCGUUACUGUCAUGUCCGAUCAAACCCCACCUUUAAUCACUUAAACAUGGUUACAGACACACACAUAUAUAUGUAUAUAUAAUGGUGGGUUUAAUUACUUUUGGGGUAUAUUAAUACUUUUGCAAACUGAUGGGAUGAAGAAGAAAACAAACGGUUUGUUUUUAAAAACCAGAGUAUUU